AUGGCUCUUGUCUCACUGUUGUGUGUCUACAUCAGUCAUAAUCCAGUUCCUGAAUUUGAAGCUAAAUACAAGGAUAUGUUUACAAAUAAUCUCCUGAAGUCCAUCUUUGAAGGAAAACAAGAAGUAGCAAAUAUUUCGCUGCGACGGUGUUGUUCAAUUCUAAAUGUGUGCUGUAAUUGUUCCAGUUUCAAAGUCCUUGUAUUACCAGUUGUGAACCGUGCCAUACUUCGUUCUCCGGAGAACCAACUGCGUGCUGUAAAUUCAUUGCUCGAAGAUUUAUCUUUCACUUUGGAUCUUUGUGCGAUGGACCUAGCUCAAUCGGUUGUAAAAAAUCUGCAUGCUGUAUCAGACAUAACCAGAAAGGAUGCUAUUGCGAUGUUAUGUACAAUCUCAAAGAAGUGUUCGGAAGUUGACACUCUCUCUUCUCUAUGCAAACUUGUUCAUGCACAGUUCGCUGGAUCUGAGGGUAAGAAAGCAAGUCAAGAAUCAAGGUUCGCUGCAAUUACAUGUUUCGGUGAACUUUCUAUAAAUGGUAUAAAACAGAAAUCCGCUUCAGAUCGCGUUACAACCGUAGCUAUAAACUUACUUAUAGAUCAUUUGGAGCACGAAACAUAUGAAGAGGGGAUCAUUUACACUGCUAAACAAUUAGUCAAAUGGCUACAUCGAUUAAAAUCGAACGCUCCUGAUCGUUUCUUUAAUUUCAUAAAGUCACACGCCUUCUCAAACAAGACAUCUGCGUCGGUCCAUUCAGUCUUACUUAUGUGCUUGGAUACAGCAUUAUCUAAUGGUGUACCUGGAAAUAAAUUGCCCACAGCUAUUAUUCCAAAUCUUUUAGGAUCAAUCGAACAAGCAUCUGGUCAACCUUUUCAUUCACCAGCUACUCAUAAAUCUGUUAUGGCAUCAUCGAUUUGGUUACGUUAUACACUGUCUACAAUAAAAUUACCUAUUACAGAAGAGUCGUUCAAGUCAAUUAUUAAAUCUUCACCUUUUUGGAAUAUGCUGUCAAAUGUGUCAGGAACUAAUAAUAAGCGUUGUCCAUGGUUUACUGAAAAGUUUCUACAGACUGCACCAUUCUAUGUUUUGUGUGCAGUCGGUCGUCUGUUCAGAUUACUUCUUUCCGAUCUGUAUACAUUCAUUCCUGGUGAAGUGUUAGGUCCGAUUUAUAGAACGCUACUCCUUCUUUGUAUUCAUCCAUUUUAUGAUACUGUACGCCAGAGGAAUCUUGACAGUAUUAUUGAAUUAUUGAAAAAUUCUAAUGAAGAACAUCGUUAUCAGCUGACUAUGGGCUUUUUAAAACAUCUACAUAUCCUACUUAUAAAUUAUCCAACUAUCUUACAAUCUUCAUCAUCUUCGUCUAGUCUGUUAGUUCUAGGUUCAGGAUUGAUUGCUGAACACCUAUGCUUACCAAUAACUGAUUUUGUUGGAAUUAAUGUUUGGGAUAAUGCUGUUUAUCCAAAUUCUGAACUACAAACUACUAAACAACCGAUUGGUCGCAGUAAAUGUAUUGGUUCCUAUUUAUGUCAACUUAUUAAUGUCCUAGUUUUACCAUCAUCUUCUGCGGUAUCCAAAUCUCGUCGAAUUUCUGAAGAAAACACAGAUGCUUCUUCGCCAUUUUGUAUGCGUUAUUUACUGGAUGUGUUCACUUUGAGCGUAUUUUGCACCAGCCAUCCAUGUAUUCUUGAUGUCAGACCUAUGCUAUGGGAACACUUACAGUCGAAACUUAACCUACCAAAAUUAUUCAAUGAAAAUUGUAGUGAUUCUAUGGGAAUCACUUCAUUGGUUGUUAACAACUGGUCAAAAAUUGUUCAAUAUUUUAUGAAACAACCAUAUUUGAUUCCAGCAGAUCGAUAUGCACUUCAACGAUUAAUCAAAUGGUCACCUAUUGGUAUUGGUCAAAAUUUAAUUGAACAAAUAUAUUCGAAUUUUUGUUCAGAAUCAUUUACAUCAAUUAGUGAAAAAGAUGUUCAAAUUAUGCUGACACCAGAAGGUCAACUUUUCAAUUAUGAACUUCUUGAAAGUCUACCAAAAUAUGAAACUUCUUGGGUUAAUGUUAAACGUGAAAAUAAAUUAUAUCCUUAUGAUUUACAAAUGGAUAGUUUAUCAGCUCAAUUACAACGUUCACAAGAACAGUCUAAUGAUGAGACGACACUCAUUUUGGAUAAAUUAACUGGUCAAUUAACUGAAAAACAAUUGGAAUUUGUACGUAAUGAAUUAAAUAAGGAGAAUGAAAUACGAAAAUCUAUGCAAUCACUUGAUAUAAAAGCAAAACACAUGUGUGAUAUCCUCAUUAAUGCAUUAAAUGCAUUGAUUUACCAAUCGAAUAAUCAUUCUCUACCAAUUUAUUAUUAUUAUCAAGAAGCUGGACAAAUUAUCAAGCAUUUUUGUCAUAAACUAUCUAUUUUAUUUGUCAACUUACUGUCAAAUCCACUGAUUUCACCUUAUAUAAUACGAGCUCAUAAUAAAUUUAUUGAAGCAAUUAUAUGUAGUACUUUCAUUGUUGAUCAGUGGCAUUCUAAUCUUAACCAUGAAUUAUAUACUUAUAUACCAAUGAUCUAUUGGUGGUCUAUACGAAUAUUACAACCAGUUAGAUUAAUGCAUUUCAAUCAUAAUCAAUCUAGUUUACUGUUAUCAAAGUACACCACAACAACAACAGCAUUUGACCAGUCAGAUCAGUUCAUAACUAAACGAGCUAUAGAAGAUUCUAUUUCAUUGACAAUGUGUUGGUCAUCUCAAUCUAUCAGAGAUCAUACAGAAAGAGUAUUCAGUUUACUUUGUGAUAAGGUACCAGUUCAUAAUUUGAAUACAUCUUUAUUAUUGUCAUUUUUAUCGCCUACUAUUCAUCAUGUAUUUCUACAUUCUUCCUGGAUUCAUGCCAUACCUGAAGAUUUACUAUCAACGAAUUUUUCACAAAGAUUGACAAAUCAACAUCCUGAUUGGAUAGAUGCUGAUUUAAUUAAAAUUCUAUUGAAAUCCUUAGAAAGACAUUUUCAAAUUGUCACUGAUAAUGAUGAACAGUAUCAACAGAAUCGAGCAAUACAAUGUGAUAGUGUGUUAAAUAUUCUCCGAUUAGAUUGUUUUCUCAGAUUAUUGCGCCAAUUAAUUGAUGCCUGUUCACGAGACUCCACCAACGAAGAAGAUUCAAAUGAUUUGAAUGAAAAUGAAUUAACUGAUGAAGAUGAUUCAUUUAAUGAUUCAUUGAAUAUUGAUGAUUUAGCUUCACGUAAAUCCAUUGCAUUCACUGCUACAAGUUUAAUGAUGUUAACUACUGAUUUAUUUGUGCAAUAUGUACAUACAUUGGAAAAUAAUGAAGAUUGUAUUGGUAAAUUAGUCAGCCCUAUGGUUUUCACUUUAUUAAUUGGUUUUGUUUCGGAAUCGGAACAAGCACGAGAAAUUUCAGUUCGUUGUCUUUAUAAGCUGGUUGAACGGAUACCUCGUGUAAUCGAACUAAUCAAACUACAGGAAAAAUCAUCCACAACUGAAUCGAAACCAAUUCAAGAUACUACAGAGACUACAGAUAUUGAUAUUACAUCAGUUGAUAAGAAUACAGCCGAAUCUAAUCUCAAGGAUGACAUGAAUUGUGAUGAAGACAGUGGAGCUGCCAUACCAUCAGAGAAAUCUGGUGAUGGAAAGCCUAGAAAGAAAUUGAAUAAAAAUCAAAGACGUAAACAGAAGUUAACACAAUCAGUUGCAGCUGCAGCGGAAAAGCAUCAGGUCACCGAGCAAAUGUGUACAAAACCAUAUGCCUCUCCAGCUGACUGGCCAAAAUUAUCUAUUUGGUCCUUUGUACAAGUACGUAUUUGGAUCAUUCGUAGCGAUCGAUCAACUCAUAUAGCUCAGUUAGCUGAACAAAUAUGGCAUUCACUUCAGUUAGAUACAAAAUGUGAAAAUACUCAAUUGUCUACUACAAAAGUACAAAAUAAUAUUAAAGCACUUUUAGAAAAACCAAAUGAUACUGAUCUAUUGAAUCCAAUGCUUCUUGCACAACGUCUAUUGUUAGAAUCAACUCGUCCUAGUAUUUCAGUUCAAUCAGCUAUAGCUGAUGCAUUUGUUUUAUGUCUUCUUGAUCGUACUAAUGAUGAAAUUAGUGUGGCUUUAGAUAUGUUAGUUCAUAUGUAUCAUGUUAUGUUACAUCGUGAUCCUGCUGUACAAGAUAAUAUGGGUCGUGUACUUUGUCCUGAAUCACCUGAUAGAUGGCGUGAACGCAUUGGUCUUGCUAUGAUUUUGACAAGACUAUCUGAUGCACCUGCUGCUGCUGCUGCUGCUGCUGCGUCAUCAUUGUCUAUUUCACAAAUAUUAUUCAGGCAAAGUUUAAUGAUUGGCAAUAAUGAAGAAAAGAUUGAAGAUAAUGUCGAUCCUAAAAAUUCCGACACAGACAAUCCUUCUACUACUACUAGCAAUGAUGCUGCACCAAACCAAUCACCAAUGUGGUUGCUGAAUAUAUUUCGUUUUCUUGUUAGUGAUGGGUUGAAUGAUCGUAAUAAAACAGUACAAUCGGAAAUGCUUCAAGCUGGUUUACGUACUGUUCGUAAUUUUGGAAAGCUUUAUAUUAAUCAAAUUUUGCCAAUCCUUGAAAAUUAUGUAAAUAAAGCUCCAAAUGUCCCGGAAUUAGAUUCAGUUCGUCAAUCUAUACUCAUUCUAACUGGUUCAUUAUCACAACAUUUAGAUACAAGUGAUCCAAGAGUUGGAACUAUUUUUAAUCGUUUAUUGAAUACAUUAAAUUUUCCAUCAGAUUUAGUUCAACAAGCUGUAGAAGACUGCUUAGCAUCACUCAUUGGUAAAUUACCAGAAGAACAAACUGCAAAAACCAUUAAUAAGCUAAUGACUACUCUAUUGAGUAGUAAUAAUUAUGCUGAACGUCAUGGUGCAGCUCAUGGGAUUGCUGGAAUUGCUCGAGGUCUAGGCAUUAUGUCACUGAAGCACCAUGGAAUUAUUGACAAACUUAUGCCGGCGUUAGAUGAUACUAAAGUGUCUAAGCGUCGUGAAGGUGCUUUAAUGGCUGUUGAACGACUUUCUCUUGGAAUGGGACGUCUUUUUGAACCAUAUGUGGUUCGUUUCAUUACCCCUUUAUUAAAUACAUUUGGUGAUACAAAUCCUGGUGUAAGAGAAGCUGCAUCAAAUGCUGCACGAGCUGUUAUGAGUAAAUUAAGUGCACAUGGUGUGAAAUUAAUAUUACCAGCAUUGCUUAAAGCUAUCGACGACCAACAGUCUUGGCGUACAAAAGCAGAGGCUGUAGAUUUACUUGCAUCAAUGACGCAUUGUGCAUCAAAACAGUUAUCUGCUUGUUUACCUCAAAUAGUACCUCGUUUACUAGAAGUAUUAGUGGAUUCACAAGAACGUGUUAAACAAGCUGGUGUUAGAGCAUUGACUCAGAUUGGUAAAGUGAUUCGUAAUCCUGAAGUUCAAGCUCUUGUUCCAUUACUUACUAAUUGUCUUCAACAACCAUUGGCUGAUAAAACACCUUGUUUAGCAGCACUUCGUGAUACAUGUUUUGUGCAUGUUCUUGAUGCACCUAGUUUAGCACUUAUCCUACCAGUUAUACAACGAGCAUUCGCUGAUCGUUCUACUGAAACACGUAAAAUGGCUGCACAAAUCUUUGGCAAUUUACAUAGUUUAGCUAGAAAAGAGGAGUUAGCACCUUAUGUAAGCACUAUUCUGCCAUUAUUAAAAACAUGUUUAUUGGAUGCUGUGCCAGAAGUGCGUUCAGCUGCAGCUGCUGCACUUGGUGCUGUUGUUCGUGGUAUGGGUGAAGCUUCCUUCUCUGAACUACUUCCAUGGCUUAUGUCAACACUUACAUCAGAAACAUCAUCAGUUGAUCGUUCUGGUGGUGCUCAAGGAUUAGCUGAAGUACUUGGUGGUAUGGGAGUAGAAAAAUUACGUGUUGUUUUACCUGAUUUAAUUAGAACAGUUUCAUCGGAAUCUAAAUUACAACCUCAUAUACGUGAUGGUUAUCUUAUGUUGUUCAUUUAUUUACCAACUGUAUUUCAAGAUGAUUUCGCUGAAUUCAUUGGACCAAUUAUACCAACUGUUCUUAAAUCAUUAUCGGAUGAAACAGAAUUUCUUCGUGAAACAGCAUUACGUGCAGCUCAACGUAUAGUGCAUAUGUUUGCCGAAACAUCAUUAGAAUUAUUAUUGCCUCAAUUAGAACAAGGCAUGAUUGAUUCAAAUUGGCGUAUACGUCAUUCAUCUGUUCAAUUGCUAGGUGAAUUAUUAUAUCGUUUAUCUGGAUUAUCUGGUAAAGGAACUACAAAAACAACUAAUGAAGAUGAUACAUUUGGUACAGUGGAAGCACAUCAACGUCUACGUGAAAUUAUUGGAGAUGAACGUCAUAGUCGUAUAUUAGCUCGUUUACAUUUAUCACGUUCUGAUCCAAUUAUUGUUGUACGUCAAUCGGCUAUACAUAUAUGGAAAAUUGUUGUACCGAAUACACCAAGAACAUUACGUGAAAUUAUGCCAGUACUUAUUCAUUUAUUGUUAACAACUUUAGGAUCAUCAUCUCGUGAACAUCAACAAAUUGCCGCUCGAGCACUUGGUGAUAUGGUACGUAAAUUAGGUGAACGAAUUCUACCAGAGAUUAUACCAUUAUUAGUAACUGGUUUAGACUCUCCAGAUGCUGAUCAACGACGUGGUGUAUGUACUGGAUUAAUGGAAAUUAUACGUAGUUGUCAAUCUGAUCUGCUAUCAAACUAUGCUGACAGUUUGUUAGAUCCUAUACGACGUACUUUAUGUGAUCCAUUGGUUGAAGUACGUCGUAACGGUGGGAAAACAUUUGAAAUGUUAUAUGCUGCUAUUGGUAUACGUUCACUUGAUGGUAUUCUACCAGAUCUACUCGCUCAAUUAGAUGAUCCAAACACUAGUCAAUAUGCGCUGGAUGGUAUAAAACAAUUGUUAGCUGUCAAAGGCAAAGCUGUAAUGCCAUAUUUAGUUCCAAAACUAACUCAUCCAGUAGUCAAUGUGAAAGCAUUUGCUUAUCUUGCAUCAGUUGCUGGAGAAGCAUUAACAAAACAACUUGGCCGGAUAUUACCAGCUCUUCUGCAAACUGUAUCAUUAAUGUCUCAGCCUGAUAAUGAUCAAAAUAAUAGUAAGAAUGCUAAAGAAGAGGGAGAAACAGAAAAUGAGGAUUUAGAACAUUGUGCUGCUGUACUUGUAUGUAUUUAUGAAGCUACAGGAAUUCGUCAAAUAUUGAAUGAAUUAUUAACCGGUUUGUCGUCGGCCAAUGUUACAACAACAAUUGAUGAAACCACCACCAAUAAUAUUACCACUACACAAUAUAAACUUAUUCCCGGCUCUAAUGUAUAUCGAAUUGCCUGUUUACGUUUACUGCGUGCCUAUCUUGAAGCUAGUUUUCAAGAUCCUUCUGAUGUUGUAAUGCCUAUUGUGAAGCCUAAUUUAAAUAAAGAAUCUUCGGAUGAAAAUGAAACUGAAGAAUCAGAUGACGACGACCAGGACGAGGAUGAUGAUGAUGAUGAUCUUGAAGAUGAAGAUGAUGAUGGCUCGUUUAAUUCUGAUGAAGAUUCUGGUGACAACGAUGAUACGGACACAGAUGAUGAUGAUGACCAUGAUAGUUAUGAUGAUAACGACGAUGAUGAACUGGAAGAGAAUCCUGAUGCUAAAGAAGUAAUAAGUCGAGUAUUGAAUGAAACUUAUCCACUUGCUCUUCGUAAUAUUUGUCGUCUUUUGGCUUCUACUGACAAAACUACUUUAUCGGAAGCAUGGAAAUGUUUGGAAGCACUGUUCAAACGUUGGAAUCCCGAGACAAUUACUUCCCAAAUUGGUGAUCUUCGUCAAGGUAUUCGUGGUGCUAUAUCAGAGAUGAACAAAUCAGCAGCUGGCAAUAAAAAUGAAGUUCAAAAAUAUUUACCGGGAUUUUCAGAUCCUACUUUACCACUUGUUAGUUUAGUUAAAUUAUAUGCUGAAUGUACACUCCGUGGUCGUCCUGCGAUUAAAGAACCUUCAGCACAAGGAUUAUCCGAAUGCAUACUUCAUUCAAAUGGAAUAGCACUUCAAGGCUGUAUUAUCAAAGUCAUUGGUCCUCUCAUUCGUUUACUGGGUGAACGUCAGACAAAUGUGGUUCGUGUUGCUGUAUUACAAUCACUUACUUCACUUGUGAAUAAAUGUCCACAAUCUGUUCGUCCAUUUGUUACACAACUUCAAUCAACUUUCUUAAAAUGUCUCGGAGAUUCACAUAGACAAACAAGAAUACUUGGUGGUGAAGGUUUAUCAUCAAUUGUUCCUAUUACACCAAAACUUGAUCCUUUGUUAAUUGAUCUGGCUAGAGUAUCAUCUGAAACUGUUGUAUCACGUUUUCAUGAUUAUUUAGAAGAUGAAUUAAAUGAUAUGGAAAGUUCAAUGCCUAAAUCAGGUGUGUCCGCAACUGCACACACAUUAGCUGGUGUAGCAUCUUUUCCUGAUACAAGUUUACAAGCGUUACGUAUUUGUCUAGAACAUUCAAAAGGUCGUGCUAGCCUAUCAGCUUUAAAUACAAUAUUUCAUUUAUUAAUUCCAUUAAUGCAUUUACCAGAAUCUUCAAGCAAUAAUAACGUUGAACGUCGAUUAGAAACAACAACAUAUCGACAUAAUAACAAUAAUAUGGUUGGUAAUGAUGAUAAUAGUCAAGAAGACAAUGAUGAUGAUGAUCAACAAGAAAAUAUUUUAGGAUCAUCAUUUAAUCAAACAAAACAAAUGCCAAUUAAUUCUGAUCAAAUACGUAUAAUCAUUUCAUCAUGUAUAGGAUUUGUUUUAGUCGCUGCACAAGCCACUAUUGACAAUGGUACAACAUUAAAUGAUAAUAAUGAGAAAAUGGCGAAAAAAAUUGAAUUAAUUAAUUUAUUUGAACAAAAACUAUGCCUUAUGUCGUCGAUUAAACAAAAUGUACAACAAUGGACAUUUAAUCAAAGUCAAGGUAUUGCUCUUCUAAUCCCAUUAAAGCAUACACCAAAUAUUUUGAUUAAUUCCGAAACAAUACAAUCUGGUUUUUGUGAUCGACUAGGACAAUUCAUUAAACAAUUAUGCAUUCAUGAAAAUUCUGUUAUUUAUCAAAUUGGAUACCGUUGCAUUGGAUGUUUUAUUGGUUAUCUAACAGAGAAACAUGAAGUGAAUUAUAGUCCUAAAGGAUUAAUGGAACUGCUCGGAAAGGGUUUUGAACACCCGGUAAUCGAUAUGCGUCUAUUAUCUACAAUGAUAUCUAGUUAUAUUGCAUGGCAUGUCAAAUUACCAAUGUGUACAUGGUUAUGUUCAUUUGUAAUUAUCCUACUCAAUGGAAUAAAAGAUAAAAAUAGUGCAGUAAGACUUGGUAGUGAAACAGCAUUAGCUGUAUUAUGUCGUUUAAAUGCUCCAAAAAAUAAAAAUAAUGAUGAUAGCUUAAAUUCUGAAUAUUUACAAGCUUGUUACAAUUUGCUGGAUAAUAAUACACGUAAUCAAUUAGAAACAUUGAUACAACGACUUCGUAAACAAAAUUGGUCUGAGAUAUGGCGUCAAGGUUGCCCAGAUAUGGAUAAUACUAGUGUAUUGUAAACUUGAUUGUGUAAACACAUACUCGCACACACACACGUAUGCGCACACGUGCAUUGGAUGUCAACCUAUUGGAACAGUAUUCCUUGUUUAUCUUCUUAUUGUAAUGAUAAUCUAUUCCAAAUUGUAAUUGAGUUCAUUGUAUUCGCACGUAAUCAAUAUAUAGAUAUUCAAAUAAUCAAUAUUUUUGAAUGUUAGUUUUUUUUAACUUGUUUGAAUCAUCGACAUAUUGUGGACGUGUUUAUCUUUUUAACUCUAUAUCGAUCGGAUUUUUACUAUUAUUAUUUCUUUUCAAAAAGAAACAUUCAUUGUGUACAUGAUCUUCCUGUGAUUUGCUUGAAAUUGUACAUUUCUGUUUGUUAUUAAAAUACCAUGAGAUAGAUAGAUGUACACUGAUAACAUACAUACAUGAUUGUCGGUCUUGAAAUGAGAGUUGUUUGUUUUUUUUUCAUUGUAUACAAACAAAUAUCCUGAUGUGAACAAAAUUUUUACCUAUUCAAUAUGUGUAUGUAUAUGUUAUAUAAUCUUAUCUCAAAAGAAUUCGUAUUCAAUUAUUACAGAAAAGAAAAAAACAGUUUUCUUUAUCAUUCCUGCAUGUACCUACCUAACUAACUAACUAAUGCGUCGCUUGAGUAAAACUGAUGUUAAUUCUAUCGGCUUGAUUUUUUUUUCUUUUGGCUGAGUAUAAGCGGAUAACUCAAUGGUUAUUUGAUUUGACUUUUUUUAGUCAAUAAAUUAUUCUCAAGCUUGUACUUAAUUCUG